AUGAACAUUGUAACAAUUAAAAAACUAUCAAAUAAAUUAAAAAAAUUAAAAUCUUUAUAUGUUUUGAUUCCAACAAUUAUUAUAUUAUAUUUUAAUAAUAAAUUAAUAUAUGAAAAUGUUGUUUUAAAACUUAAUGGACCAGUAUUGGAUUCAUUUUUGAAAGGGUAUACUAAAGAAGAGGCAAUAAUGACAUUAACAAAUUUAGGAGAUGAUGGAAGAGAAAUUUAUAAAACACUUUAUUCAAGUUAUUAUGAUAUUACAUUUCCAAUAAUUUUAGCAAUAACAUUAACUUCAUUAUUAUCAUUGAAUUAUCCAUUGUACAAAAAAGAGAAAUCAACAUCUACUUUGGGUAUUUUCAAUCUCUUACCUGUUUGUUAUAUGGUUUUCGAUGAAUUGGAGAAUUAUUGUCAUAUUCAAAUUUUAAAAUUCUUUAAACCAACACUAUCAUCAACUUCAAUUGAUAACUAUUUAUUCUUUGGUUCAUACUUUUGUUUUUUAAAAUAUAUAUUUUUUUUCACAUGUUUAUUUUUAUUAUUUUUAGGUAUUUUAAUCAAUUUUGUACUUUUUGUAAACUUUAAAAUUAAUAAUAAUAAUAAAAAAAAUAAAAAAUUAAUUUAA